AUGGACUAUUUAGAUCAGCUACCAAUAGAUGGGUUCAACCACGAUCUUUUCGAAAGAAAUAAAAAUCUCCUAGACCAAGGUGUCGCUCCUAAGCCUUAUACAAAAACUGGGACAACCAUUGUUGGCUUAAUGUACGAAGGAGGGGUCGUAUUAGGUGCAGAUACUCGUGCGACGGGAGGAUCAAUGGUUUUAGAUAAGAUGUGUGACAAGCUCCAUAUGCUUGCUCCCAACAUUUUUGCAGCUGGAGCUGGUACAGCAGCUGAUCUUGAGCAUGUGACACUCAACAUUGGAUAUCAGCUUGAACUUCUCAGAUUAUAUUCAGGAAGGCAAAGUAGAGUGAUCACAGCAAUUACUCUUUUAACAGAGCAUUUGUUUAAGUAUGGAGGAAAUAUCGGGGCUUAUUUGAUUGUAGGAGGGGUUGAUGCAAGUGGAGCGCAGCUGUUUAUGAUAUAUGGAUUUACCUUUAAUAGCACGCUGAGUAGCGUUUUUCGGUGAGCUAGAUAUAGCCCAUAAACCUAUAUAGAUUUCUUUGUAGGGUAAGAUGUAAUGGAUUGUUGAACGACCAAUUUCAGGAUAUGCUAUAGAAGUGGCAUUCCCAAAAAAUGGUUGACAGGUGAGAAAAAUUGACAAGAAAAAGCACUUAUUUUUAAAAUUUAAGACUAGAGAUGAUAAAUAUAAAACAUUAUUAUGAGCUAUUAAGAAUUUCAUACAGAGCAUUGAGCACUCAGUACAAGUUCUGGCUUUUAAGGAUAUUUGAUCAUAAUCAAAUUGGCAUUGUUUAUUUAAAAAUAUAUCUUUCUACAAAAAAGCAACUAAGUUUUUAAUUUUUAAGUCUAUUUAAUUUCUAAAGAACACCAUAUAUUAAAACCUAGUUAAUUUAGCCUAAUUUCACUUUUUUAACACUUCCUAGUAUAGAGAUUCAGCUCGUCCCCUGUCUUGGUCGUUCAUUCAUCCAUUACAUAAAGAAAUCUAUAUAUAGGGAUAUAGCUAUACCAUCUAGCUUACUAAAUUUGGAUUAUUAAAAAUACUACUUACUACCCCCCCCUCCGUGAGUGAACAAAAAAAAAUUUUGUUCACUCACGGAGGGGGGGGUUAAUUUUUUUUUUAAAAAAAUUAUAUAUAUAAAUUUUAUAAAAAAUAUUGUUUUUCGAAAUUUAAAAAAAUCCUAAUUCGCAAAAAUGGAAAGCAAAUAUUAAUUCAAUUUGCAAAAUUUAUGUUUUAAAAAGCAAUUCGUUUAAAAUUAAACAGAAUUAGCUCUAUACUUCAUUAUACUAAUUAUCAUUUAUAUAUUAAAAUUUUUUUCCAUAAAAAAUUUUUCUAUUAAAAAAUUUUUGUUCACUCACGGAGGAUGGGUUUUUGGGCAAAAAAUAGCGAUUUUUCUAAUGGUUUUGUUCACUCACGGAGGGGGGGGGAGUUAGUAGAGCAUUUAUGCUAAAAAUGCAUAUCUGCUGAUGGGACAUAUCGUCAUCAUCCUUUUCAUACAAUGGGAUCUGGAAGUCUCGCGGCAAUGAGCAUGUUUGAAACUGAGUACAGAGAUCAUAUGACUGUAAUAUUUAUUAUAGAAAGAAGAAGCUAUGCAAUUGGUGGCGAAAGCAAUAGAAGCUGGAAUCUUUAAUGAUUUAGGAUCAGGAAGUUCAGUGGAUUUAGUUGCAAUUGAUAAAGAUGGGCAUGACCAUAAAAGAACGUUGAGAAAUUAUAAUAAAAAGGCUUAUCAAAGCUCAAUUCAGUAUAAUUUCCCGAAAGGAGUUACACGUAAGAUUUAUUUAGCAAUUAAGAGGGAAUAUCCUUUGGUGAUAACUGAAGUGUCGGCAAUGGAAAUUGAGUAA